GUUAUAAAUACAGUAUGCACAUGAAUGUAACUUUUCAUAUGAAGACAAGGUUUUCUUUUCGUUCACAUGUACCAAUAUACCAUGCUGAUAGAAAAACGAAGUGGGAUUACCUUGCUGCUGUUGCUGUGUCAACAUGCAUGUUUCCUCUCUGCAAGUUAUCAAAUAAGAAAAUCAGUGACCUGUGAAGGACAAUCUGCAUCCCUCAGUUGUGACUCGGGAUUCAUACAUGUACUUGUUGCUAACUAUGGAAGGAUUGAUGGCAGGAUAUGCUCUGCUGGACAACGACUUGAAUCGCUCUCAAAUGUUCACUGCUUCCAAAAAACAUCCCUCCACAUAAUGACCACAAGGUGUAAUGGGAAAAAAAGCUGCUCUGUUCAAGCCGUGAACUCAGUUUUCUCUGAUCCCUGUUAUGGGACUUAUAAAUACCUGAUCGUGUCUUAUGAGUGUCGCCCACUUAAACACAGCAUAACUUGUGAAAGUAGCGAAUCUGUCAUUGUCUGUGAUAAAGGUGUUAUUGCUGUUCAUCAUGCCAAUUAUGGACGCCGGGAUGUGGCACCCUGCCCUGCUAAAACAUCAGAUUGUUUUUAUCCUCAGACUGCCAGUAUAAGUUCCAGGUGCAAUGGAAAAAGGUCUUGUACUCUAACUGCUUCAAAUUCAGUGUUCUCUGAUCCGUGUGUCGGCGUCUAUAAGUACCUGGAAGUGACGUACUCCUGCAAAUUAGUUUUGCUGCUGUUGCUGUGUCAACAUGGACAAUCUGCAUCCCUCAGUUGUGACUCGGGAUUCAUACAUGUACUUGUUGCUAACUAUGGAAGGAAUGAUGGCAGGAUAUGCUCUGCUGGACAACGACUUGAAUGGCUCUCAAAUGUUCACUGCUUCCAAAAAACAUCCCUCCACAUAAUGACCACAAGGUGUAAUGGAAAAAAAAGCUGUUCUGUUCAAGCAGUGAACUCAGUUUUCUCUGAUCCCUGUUAUGGGACUUAUAAAUACCUGCAAGUUUCUUAUGAGUGUCACCCACUUAAACACAGCAUAACUUGUGAAAGUAGCGAAACUGUCAUUGUCUGUGGUAAGAAUCAUCUCAAAGGUCUUUGUUACCCAUAUGUUUAGCUAAUUUUCACUAUGAAAGAGCUAAUAAAGUUCACAAAUAAUUACAAAGAAACAGCAAGUAACACAUUUAAUGAAAUGUGACAUUUUUAAAUACACAGAAAAUGUAUUUUCUUGUAAAACAUAUUUUACCUGUAAUGCUUAGCC